CUUAGAAAGAUUCAAAUCUUCAGUUUAGCCAUGUUCAGAGCUCGUUUCCCCCAGUACAUAACAGCAAAGUCGGUCGCGGCCGUCACUUUACUAGGCGUUGGAGCUUAUUAUGCCGGAUCACGUCUUACACCAACUGCCAAUGCAAAGUCAAAUGAGCCUCCCAAAGUCUUCUCGGGAUUUGGAUUUACCACCUUACGUUUGCAAAGCACGAAAGAUGUAAACCACAACACGAAACGUCUCGUCUUCGAGUUUCCAGACCAGAACGCCAUAAGUGGAUUGUCACUGACUUCGGCACUCCUCACCAUAUCCCGUCCUGAAGGGCGCUGGUUCCCCGUAAUACGCCCAUAUACACCCAUCAGCGAUCUGAAUCAAAAAGGCCAAAUUGAACUCAUGGUCAAGAAAUACCCAAAUGGCAAAGCGAGCGGCCACAUCCAUUCCCUCACCCCAGGAGACACCCUCACAUUUGCAGCGGCAAUCAAAGGGCACGCCUGGACACCGAACCAAUCCCCGCAGGUAUACCUCAUAGCAGGCGGGGCUGGUAUUACACCUAUCUACCAGCUAGCACAGGGUAUUCUCAAUAAUCCAGCCGACAAAACUAAAAUCAACCUCGUUUUCGGCGUCAAUACCGAGCAGGACCUGCUUCUACGAGAGGAGCUCGAGAGCUUUAAGAAGCGCUUCCCGGGUCGCUUUGACUAUAUUUACACAGUCAGUCACCCGGAGGGACAGGGACAGAACAAUGGAUUCAAGAAGGGAUACAUUACCGAGGAGCUGUUGCGGGAUGUUGUGAAGGUCGAUGGUGAUACGAAGAUCUUUGUUUGUGGACCUCCUGCUAUGGAGAAUUCGUUGGUUGGAUCGCGAUUCCAACCGGGUAUUUUGGGUCGACUUGGGUUUAUGAAGGGUCAGAUUGUUAAGUUUUAG